UGAAAAUAAUUCGUAAAGUUGGGGUCGGUGCUUUUAAUUAUGAAAAGUUUUAGUGCUCGCAGAAAAUAUUUGUUACUGUACGACGAUAUUACUUGAAUCGCAGCCAUUUUGAUUGCUCGGGCUUCGCUGUAUUCCGCUGGCCUAGGCAGUGACGUAGAACAUGUGUGAGAAAUUUUAUGAUAUUGUGAAGAAUGGAGCACGCACAGCUGCAGACGUCAGACGGUGCCCAGGUGAUGAUCAAUGGACAGCAGCUGCAAGUUCUGCAGAUGAACAACAACCAAAUAAUUCAAGGUCCCAACGGGCAGCAGAUUGUUAUCCAUACAAUUCCAUCAGCGGCAACUAUACAGAUUGGGACACCGCAGGUUCAGGUGGUGGGAGCGCCUGGGGGCCAGCAAUUGCAACAACUGCAAGUGGUGCCAUUGUCUAGUUUGCAAGGUGCAAGCAAUAGCAUACAGCCCAUGCAAAUUGUUCAGACAGCGGAUGGUCAGACAUUCCUGUAUCAAGCAUCGCCGUCCAACCCACCACAACCACAAAUAGAACACCCUAUUAUUCACCAACCUGCUGUUAUAAAUGUGAAUGGAAACCUCGUCCAAGUAGCCAAUGUGGCUGGUGCAGUCCAACCCCAGCAUAUGGUCAACCCACAGAAUAUUGUUAUGAUGGUAAACAGUGGCCCUGGGGCUACAGCAUCCACAAGCUCUGAUGCAGCGGCUGCCGGCUCUGAUGAGGAACCACUUCUGUAUGUAAACGCUCGUCAGUACAAGAGGAUAUUGAAGAGGCGAGCUGCUCGCGCCAAACUACACGAACAGGGCAAAAUACCUAAAGAACGACCUAAAUACCUACAUGAGUCGAGGCACAGACAUGCAAUGAACAGAAUUCGCGGCGAAGGAGGCAGAUUCAACUCUGGAAGCAGAAAGAAUAUGGGACACGGUGAUCACAGUGAUCACGGUGAACAGAUGGAUGAGAUGGCGGAAAUCAAAGUGUUGGAAGACAUGAAGCCAGAAACUGUGUCCAUCACUAUCAUACAGGACGAAGAGUUACAAGACAACCAACAGAACCAGUGGCGACGGCUGGCGCCACAGCCCUGCGGCAGCCACCUCACUAUAGAUGCGUCCACAUAGCCGCCGCCCGGGUCAGUGAAAUGUGAACAGACUAUUGCAGAGGAUGACCCUCAGCACUUCAAUAACAUUAUUUUUGUAUAAAUGAGACGUUAAGCCAAAAAGCAGUGUAGUGUAAGUGGUAGUGUUUCGGACUGAGUGAUGAUCGAGUGACGGUUUAAAGUUGUCGCGCCAAAAUCAAGUAGAAACUGAAUAAAGUUAAAUUUCAAGUUUUAAACAAAUCAAUGACAACUUUUACCUUGGGCAUGAGAAAGUUAUUUAAAAUUGUUAUUAUUUAAGGCAAAAAUCACACCAAGUUAUAAUCCGGUUACAGUUGUUUUACUAAUAAGUUUUUACUGUGUAUUUGAGUAGUUUGUAAGCUAUGUUGUUUCUUUUGUCUUUGGCCAGAGUUUUAGAGAUAGGUUUUUGUUGGUAUAAGCCAGUGCGCACCGUUUUAAUAUAUAUUUAAUUUUAAAAUACUUUUGAGUAUACUGCCUAUAAUAUGUUGUGACGUAUGGCCGCAAAGACAGUACUUUGUACAUACACCAAUUCAAACUACAAUCAUCACAAAUUGGAAUGUUUAUGUAAAUAUUAUGUAUAAGGACUAAGUAUGUAAUAA